UUUCCUCGCCCAACAUUGCCCUUGUCGAACUUACCGACGCUAUCUAGAUAGCUACCUCUUCUUCCAAGUCAAUCUACACCGAAACAAGUAGGAAGAAAUGGCAAGCCGCCCUACCCAACGCGCUACAGGGAGCGCUCCCAACAAAAACGUGCCUGUUCGUAGCGCCCCUACGCAGGGCAAUGGACAACAAGCGACGUCGAACAAUCGCCAACAGCAGUCAACGGGGGCCCAACGAGCUGCCCAAGGCAACGCCGGCGAGAAAACGGCAGCAAAGCCGGGCCGGAAGUACGAGUGGCCCCACGACGCCCCCCAGGACGCCCGUGCGGCUAUCCAUGCGGCUAUCGAGCUCGCUCUCGCGCUACUCAAAACCAAAGGCGGUCGUGAGGAGCUGGUUGGGGUGGGUUUGUAUACCACCAACUACCGCGUUGGCGAUGACAAAGCCGAAGACGAAAUGGAAGCCAUGGCCAACUUCUUCCUCAGCCGUCUCAACGCCCAGUUCCUCAGGAUGAACUACUCGCCCACCCAAGGAGUCCCAGCGUCGUACAGUGCAGAUGCCGCAUGGGGGGCGAUCAAGCCAGAGGGAUUCAAAGCCGACAACCCGUCCACAAACGGCAGCUUGACCAUCUCCCAGUCCGUGGUCCGCUCCAUGGUCAGCCACUCAAAGGCGGCCAAGGAGACGAAGGAAGACCCGCUGCAUCCCCACCACCAAAACGCCUACAACUCCCUCCUGUUCGCCCUGGGGGCUUCCAUCGCGGCCAGCCUGGUCACCUGCUUCGUCAACUUCGUGACGAGGACGAGCCCGGAAUACCAGCGAGGGUACAAAGUCCGAGCCCAGAGCCCCUGGGGCGACCGGUGGCAGCGGUUUGCGCUCGGGGGCGUCGUCGUGAGCACUCAAGAGCAACCCCACCCGCUGGGCCACACCCAGGGAGGCGAGCUGUGGGUUGUCAACGAGAAGGGGAACGGGCUGCUGAUUAGCGACAGUAGCGUUAAGGAGCUUGUAAAACACUGCUUCACCCGUCUCCCCUUGAAGGGCCAGUUCAAUUUUCCUGUGGCGAAACAAACCAAGAUGGAGAGCAUCUGGGCCGGCAAAUGAGGAUGACCGCCCUCGCAACCCCCGUGCGAAAGAAGUAAGGGCAGCGCCGUUGCUUUCCAAUGGCGGUGGGGU